AUGGCGAUCCAGAAGAAGCAUGGCAAAGGGCGUCUCGACAAGUGGUACAAAUUAGCAAAAGAAAGAGGAUAUCGAGCCCGCGCAGCUUUUAAACUGAUUCAGCUAAACAAGAAGUAUGGCUUCCUCGAGCAGAGCAAGGUCGUCAUUGAUCUUUGCGCUGCACCUGGCGCCGAUACCGUGAUACACGACGGAGCUCCCAACGUUGGAACCGCCUGGGUACAGGACGCUUUCGACCAAAAUCGGCUCGUACUCGAGAGUUUACGUCUGGCUACGGAAUUUCUGAAGGAAUCUGGAACCUUCGUGACGAAACUGUUCCGCAGUCGUGAUUCGAAUGCCCUUAUCUGGGUUUUCAACCAGCUAUUCGACAAGGUGGACACAACGAAGCCGCCCUCGAGUCGUGCUGUGUCAAGUGAAGUGUUUUGCGUAUGCCGUGGAUACAAGGCUCCAAAGCACCUGGACCCGAGAUUCCUCGACCCUAAGAGCGUUUUUGCUGAACUGGCUGGCCCGACACCGAAUAACGAGGCCAAGGUCUACAACCCUGAAGUCAAAAAGCGUAAGCGAGAUGGUUAUGAAGAAGGCGAUUACACGCAGUUCAAGGCGAUGCCUGCGUCAGAGUUCAUACAAACAACAGACCCAAUCGCUGUACUUGGUUCAUACAACUCCUUGACUUUUCAGCAACCACCCAAUGGAGAUGUUGCGUUGGCGGCACUUGACAAACUUCCCGAGACAACAGAUGAAAUUCGAAACUGUUGUUCAGAUCUUCGGGUACUGGGACGAAAAGACUUUAAACUUCUGCUCAAGUGGCGGUUAAAAGUUAGAGAGCUGUUUGGAUUUCAGAGCAAGACUACUCCAGCCAUUGAAGAAUCGGAAGAAGUGGCUGAAGUUGAGCCAAUGGAUGAGGAGCUAAAGAUUCAGGAAGAACUUCAAAACAUGAAGGAACGAGAAAACACGAAACGAAAACGAGAAAAGCGAAAGGAAAAUGAGCGAAAACAACGUGAGGUAGUGCGCAUGCAACUCAACAUGGGCACACCUUUUGACAUUGGUCUAGAAGAAAGUGGACCAAUUGGCGAGGGGGCAAUGUUUUCACUCAGGAAAGUCGACAAGACAGAUGCCAUGCGGAGAUUGAAUCGUGGCAAGAUGAUUGUUCCCUCUCAAGCGACCCGGAAGGAGGCCGACAGUGGCCUUGGCUCAUCAGGAGAGACGGAUGAUGAGAGUGACCCUGAAGAAGAUCGCCUGGAGCGAGAGCUUGAGUCCAUGUACGACCAAUACAAAGAGCGCAAGGCUGAGGUUGAUGCAAAAUAUCGAGCCAAAAAGGCCCGUAAGAAUUUUGGUGAUGAUGAGUGGGAUGGCCUGUCUGGCGAGGAAGCGGAUGAGAAAGAUGGUUCUUCGGAGCUUGAGGAGGACAAUUCCUCUUCCGACGAAGAAGACGAAGCUCCUGCAGAGGGACUCAUCCGCGAUCUGGAUCCUUCAAAGGGGGCGAACGGUUUAUCGAAGCGAGCAACAGCUUUCUUCAACCAAGACAUCUUCUCAGGCAUAAGCGGGAUCUUACCUGAGCAGGAAGAUGCUGCCGAAGACAGUGUGGACGAAGAAGUCAACCGAGAUGCGGCAGCUAUUAUGGCCCAGCAAGCAAAGAAUCGCAAAGCUGAGACUCCUGCUAAGUCUACCAAGACCAAAGCGGCCCAAGUCGACUCUGACGCUGAGAUGGAGGACGAUGAGGAUGGGUUUGAGGUUGUCAAGCGAAAUGAUGAUGACGAUUGGGACAAAGGCACCCGACGAGCCGAUGGAAGACCCGAUAUCGAUAUUAUCACUGCUGAAGCGAUGUCUCUUGCCCACAGGCUCGCUACUGGUCAAACGACAACACAUGAUGCUAUUGAUGACGGUUACAACAAGUACGCCUUCCGCGAUAGGGACGGAUUACCAGACUGGUUUGUGGAGGAUGAGUCACGACAUGAUAAGCUUCAGAAACCCAUCAGCAAGGCUGCUGCGCAGGCGAUCAAGGAGAAGAUGCGAGCUUUCAAUGCUCGCCCCAUCAAGAAGGUGCGCGAGGCUAAGGCUCGCAAGAAGUUCAAGGCCGCACAGAAGCUUGAGAAGCUCAAGAAGAAGUCAGAAUUACUCAACAAUGACGAAAAUAUGACCGAGAAGGAGAAGGCUGCCAGCAUCUCGCGCCUUAUUUCGAGAGCAGCAAAGAAGCCCCAGAAGCAACUGCCCAAGCUCGUUGUCGCCCGCGGUCUCAACCGGGGCAUCAAGGGACGUCCUAAAGGGGUUAAGGGGAGGUACCGCAUCGUAGACCCCAGGCAAAAGAAGGAAUUGCGAGCGCAGAAGAGGAUUGCCAAGAAGAAGAAGUAA